AUGAAAUACCCUCUCGCUCCUGGUGGAGACAUGAGUCGGCUCAAGAUCGAGAGAAAGCUUCUCGAAGUUGUUGGGCCCCAUAAACGCAUCAUAGGGCUCAAGGGCUUCUCUGACGACGGGCUUUACCUCGAGCGAGCUGUAAACGGAACCUUAGCUCACUACCUCCUCGAAUCAGACAACCCACCCCCUUCGAUCCAGCAGCGGUUAUCCUAG